UGGUGUUAAUAGAAGCUACCAAAUAAUCAGCAGAUGGAUGCACAAAACUCUAACAGAUUGGCAAAUUGCACUCACAGCAAAUGGCGCUGAUGUUUUGAUUUACGAAGAAUACGUUGAUUUCACAACCGAUGUUAAUCAUUUUGAGUUAUUUAUUUUAAUGUUGAGUAAACAUUGCCCGAACUUGACGCACGUUCGUUUAUUGUUUUCUGGUGAACGUAGCGAUUGUUUUGACGGUGGAUUUGUGAGAUCUCUUUUACAAUUGCCAAACCUAAUCUGUUUAAGUCUCUUUGAUACCCCUGCCUACGAAAUUUUUGCUCUAAAGACGGACUUUAAUCAAUUGACAACUUUAAAAUUAGUUGGAGUCGAUGAAAAUGUCACUGCUAGCGAUUUUUCUAACAUAUUUGCUUUAAUGAAGAAUUUACAAAAUGUGAUCUACGAGUACAAAUCCUUUAGAGAUAAUCAAAUUGUUGCCGCUUUGUCAAAUGUAUCAAAAUUAAAAUCCUUAACGUUGUACUAUGCGCCGGAAAGCGAAUUAAAGCAAUUGAAGAAUUGCAAUCAACUGGAAAUACUUCAUCUCUACAAUAUUGAUGUUGCACUGGGUCCAGAUGAUUUCAUAGAAAUAUUCAAAGCAAAGCGGAACUUACAUACUUUAUCGUUGUGCUUUAUAGAUAACAAACUGUGCAAACAGUUAACCCAACUGUAUGCGUAUUGCCCAAAGCUAACUUAUCUGACGAUUAAUCAGCAAUUGGAAAACCUUGGUGAUAUUGUAAAUCUAAAGUAUCUAAGAUUUGAAUCGAGCCUACCAAUCAUUGAAACAAGAGAAUUGGUCGACAGUUUAUCCAUAAAAUAUGCCGAUCGACUUGAAAUUUUGGAUAUCAGCAUGGCUUCAAGUCAUACGCAUACGUUGGAAAUUUCUAAGCUGAAAUCCCUGAAGGCGUUUUUGUGUUCGUCCUGGCCCAGCAACAUGUAUCCAUGUCUUGCCAAGCUAGAACAUCUUCAGUUUUUCUCUAUUGAAACGUAUUCAGAAAAUGUUUACGAAAGCGAUGCACUUAUAAACAUGAUACUCAGCUGUAAAAAUCUGGCAUAUCUGCGCUUGCCAUACAGGGCGCAACUUUUCGAAGAGCCUAUAAGAAAUUUAUCUUAUUGUCUGAGCAGAAAUAGCAUCCGGCCGGAGUCCCCAUUUGUGUUGUCCGUGUGCGGAGGGAGCGCAGUGGCUGAUAUAGAAAAAAAGUUAACAUUGCAUACUCAAAGUAAUUUGCUGCAAUUGGAUUGGAAUGGAAAUGUUUUUGCUUCCAAACUGAAGGACCUAAUCACUUCCUUAUGUCCUUCGGAAGCGUGCGCUGACCAUGGAAGGAUAUAUAAAAAUCCAGUCAAAGCUGUUGGUGAUCCUUUUGCUCCAGAGGAUAGUUGGUUGUCAAAUAUGAAUUAUAAAUUGGCUCUUGCAGCAUGCUCUAAAAGAUUUAAUCUCGAAUACGACUUGGAGCUUGUUAACAGAUGCCGAGAUUUUGCCAUCAGUAAAGCUGAAUAUGAAUUAACUAACAUGCAAUUUGCAUUUAAUUUUAAAUAUGAUGCAAUUGAUGAGCAAAAUGUGUAUCCAGAGGAACGUAGCUAAAAUAAAUAAAUAAAUAGCUAGA